GUGAUGGAUAAUUUCCAGCAGCUUCUUCUUCUGCUUUGGAAGCACAUCACCUACCGCAAAAGAAACAAGGUUCAACUGAUUAUCGAGCUCAUCUGGCCACUCUUCAUCUUUGUCGUCCUCAUUUACAUUCGUAACACCAAUCUUCCUGUUCAGCAGGGUCAAUGUCACUUUCUAAACAAAGCCUUGCCAUCAGCAGGCACCUUGCCGUGGAUUCAAGGUUUUUUCUGCAACAUCAAUAAUCACUGUUACAGCAGCCCAACGCUUGGGGAGACUCUGGGCCAAGUGGGCAACUUUGACAACUCAAUAAUUUCUCGUGUCUUUGUGGAUGCACAGAAGCUUUUAAACUACGCUGCAAAUCAGGACAAGUCAAGCCUCAACACGCUGCGGACAACCGUCCAGAGUGUGGGAAAUAAACCUGAACUCUGGCCAACUCUCCCAAUAGCACAGUUCCUAAGAGCCAAUGAGGCGUUUUCCACCUACUUGCGCACCAAAACCGGCCUUUCGUCUGAGACUGUGGAAAAGCUGCUGAUGACUAAACUCAAUUUUAAGCCAUCAUUGGCAGGACCGGAGCUGCAGCUGAAGAAUCUGUUAUGCAAUAAAGACGAAUUAAAACAGUUUCUGAUUAUGGAUGAAGGGGAGGACGUGAGUGACUUGCAAGGGCAGCUGUGUGCGUUGCCUGAUGACAUCGUUCAGGAGGCCCAUCGCCUCUUUCUCUCAGAGCUGGACACAGCCAAGCUCGUGGCAAAUUUCAAGUCUAUCAAUCCUAUGGACCUGGUGGCCCUCAUCAAAGCAAUCACUUUAGUUUCCCAGCAGUUUGCGGACAUCAUGGAUUAUUUCUCGCCCCACUCCAGCUUCUCUGAUAUGAGUAAGGAACUCGGCCUGUUGUCUUCAGAAAAUGGGGCUACACCCAGGCAGCGUUUCCAGGUAAUCUCAAGGAUCAUGUGCAAUCGCUCUGCGAUUGGCAACAACCUAAUCCCAUCAUUCAACGGGUAUGAAGAUGUUAAUCAGUCUUUGAUGGAGACAAAUGACUUUCAAGACAUGGACGUCAGCCCCACGAGUCAAACCAAUACUUUCUGCCAGAGCUUGAUUCAAAGUUUAACGACCAGUCCCAUGUCCCGUCGCAUUUGGCGAACAAUUAAACCUUUUGUCAAUGGAAAACUGCUGUACACACCAGACACGCCUGCAGUUCAACAAGUUAUGAAAGAGGUGAACAAGACUUUUCAAGACCUGCAGAUCUUGAAGGACCUGAAUGAGGCUUGGUUGGAGGUGGGGCCAGAAAUUAAAAAAAACAUGGAGACUCGAGCGGAGGUCCCGCUAUUGCAGGGGUUGCUCCAGCUGCCCAGUAUAUCGACACUGGUCAACAAGCGACUGGCAAACACGACAUGGACAGCCGCACGGUUGGCUCAUUUCCUGUCCAGUCCUUCAUCAGAUGCACAGAGGAGGUCUGGAGGAAGUUCAACAUGGAAGGACAUCUACAAAAAUGUCAAUGAUACCAUCACCUACCUUGCACAAGUCACUGAGUGUUUUUUCAUAAACAAGUUGGAAGGGUUGAUGAGUGAAGAUCAGCUGGUCGGCAGGGCUUUGGAGCUCGUUGAGGAUGGACAGUUUUGGGCAGGUGUCGUCUUUGUCCCUCCCAAUUCUUCUGCCACUGAACUGCCAUCCAAUGUCAACUAUAAGAUCCGAAUGGACAUUGAUGAUGUUACCCGCACUGAUAAGAUCAAAGACAGGUUUUGGAAACCUGGUCCGGCAGUUGAUCCAAUCAACGACAUGCAGUACAUCCGGGGAGGCUUUGUAUAUGUUCAGGAUUUGGUGGAGAAGGCCGUGUCCCGUAUCAUGACAAAAGCGCAGCAAAACAUUGGCCUCUACUUACAGCAAAUGCCAUACCCCUGCUUUGUGGAUGAUAUUUUUCUGAGAGUGUUGAAUCGCACCCUGCCGCUUUUCCUGACACUGGCCUGGAUCUGUUCUGUGGCGGUAAUCAUUAAGGCGGUGGUAUACGAGAAGGAAGCCAGGCUGAAAGAAACCAUGAAAAUAAUGGGUCUGAGUACAGGAACACUGUGGCUCAGCUGGUUCAUCAGCAGUCUGGUGCCUUUCCUGCUGUCUGCUGUACUCCUCAUUGGUCUGCUUAAGUGGGGCGAGAUCCUGCCAUAUAGCAACGUGGUUGUCGUAUUUUUUUUCCUGAUGGCAUUUGCCACUGCCACUAUCAUGCAGUGCUUCCUCAUCAGUACUUUCUUCUCCAAAGCCAACAUGGCUGCCGCAUGUGGGGGGCUCAUAUACUUUAGCCUCUACCUUCCGUACAUACUGUUUGUGGCAUGGCAAGACCGAGCCACCACCACAAUUAAAGUUUUUGCUAGCUUUCUGUCUCCUGUGGCUUUUGGGUUCGGCUGUGAGUAUUUCUCUCAAUAUGAGGAGCAAGGCGUUGGGAUCCAGUGGUCCAAUAUGCAGUCCAGUCCGGUGGAGGGCGACUCGUACAACUUUGCGACAUCUAUUGGGAUGCUUUAUGUGGAUGCCUUCAUCUAUGCCGUGGCAGCUUGGUACAUCGAAAUGGUGUUCCCUGGUGAAUAUGGCAUGCCCCGGCCGUGGUACUUCCUCUUUCAUAUUAACUACUGGAGGGGAAUUCCGCUGGAGGAUGGCAUUCCAAUCCCCACGGCCCCUAUGGAGCAGGGUAAAGAUCGCAUUGAAGUAGACCCAAGUAACCUGGUCCUUGGCGUCAGCAUAAGUAACCUGGUGAAAAUAUACAAGAAAGGAGCCAAGCUGGCAGUCAACCACCUCAACCUGAAGUUCUACGAGGGGCAGAUCACCUCAUUUCUCGGUCACAAUGGAGCGGGAAAAACUACUACCAUAUCGAUAUUGACCGGUCUGUUCCCACCCACCUCGGGCACGGUGUAUAUUAAUGGAAUGGACAUCCGCUACAACAUCGACACCAUCCGAAGGACACUUGGAGUUUGUCCGCAACAUAAUGUCCUGUUUGAUCUUCUAACAGUGGAGGAGCAUGUAUGGUUUUAUGGACGUCUGAAGGGUAUGUCUGAAGAAGAGGUGAAGUCUGAGCUCGACUCUUGGCUCGAAGAAGUUGGACUUCUUCACAAACGUCAUGAACAAACUGAAACACUCUCUGGUGGCAUGAAGAGGAAGCUGUCGGUGGCAAUAGCAUUUAUCGGAGGCUCCAAGGUGGUUGUUUUGGAUGAACCUACAGCAGGGGUGGACCCGUACUCCCGUCGGAGCAUUUGGGACUUGUUGCUGAAAUAUCGCAAAGACCGAACCAUAAUCCUCUCCACUCAUUACAUGGAUGAGGCAGAACUACUUGGUGAUCGCAUUGCCAUCAUCUCCCAUGGAAGGCUGUGCUGCUGCGGGUCACCACUUUUUCUUAAAUCUAAACUAGGAUCUGGCUACUCCCUGACUGUUGUCAAAAAGGACAGCAAUUUAUUACAGACUGGAGGAACACCCAGAUCCUGCAAUGGAGACGCAGGUCUGGCUAAUGUGGACAAUAGUUCAUCCAUGGAAGCCCUGCUGUCCUUGGCACAACGCCACUUUCCUGAUUCCAGGCUGGUGGAGGAGUCACAGUGUGAGGCGGUGUUAAAUCUACCCCAGGAAGCCUCCAAGAACAGCCGCCUGGCUGUCUUUCUGUCUGAACUGGAUAAGAAUCUAAGCCAGAUUGGAAUUCUCAGCUAUGGCCUGUCUGACAGCAAACUGGAGGACAUCUUUCUACGAGUGGCAGAGGAAACUGAGGUUAAAGCAGGACCAGGGCUGCAGGCUAAUCUUCCUCAGCAUUCGCAACAGGAGGAAGAACCCAAGAUAGAGCCUCAGGAGGAAGAGCUGCUGAGUAGACUUGGCCAAGGUGCCACCUUGACUGGAUGGAGCCUGAAAUGGCAGCAGCUGCGAGCUCUCUUCAUCAAACGAUGGCUGUAUGUUCGCAGAAGUCGUCGAGCCCUUUUUGCUCAGAUUGUGCUGCCUGCUGUGUUUGUACUGAUCGCCCUGUUUGUCAGUCGCGUUGUCCCACAGUCUGGGAAGUACCCAGCCCUGGAGCUCCAGCCUUGCAUGUAUGGAAAACAGUACAUUUUCUUCAGCAUGGAUGCUCCUAAAAAUCCACCCAUGGAAAAGUUACUGGAAGCCUUGUUGGACCAACCAGGUUUCGAUUCCAAAUGUAUGGAGAACAAGAAAAGCACCGUUACCCACCGGCAUGAAAGUAAACAAGGGCGUGUGUUCAAGCGGCCUCAGGUCCCUGACUCCACCUGGCAAAUGUUCAGCACAGUCAACUGGACCAAGGAGAGACCUUCACCCGACUGUCAGUGCAGCACAGAGGACUCACGCCGGAUGCUCCCAGACUGUCCAGAGGGAGCUGGCGGACUUCCCCCUCCACAGGUCACACUGUAUCCUGGUGUCAUCCUGCAAAAUCUGACAAGUUAUAAUAUGUCAGAUUACCUGGUGAAGACCUACUCACAAAUUCUUCGGAAGAGCCUGAAGGCCAAGAAGUUGGUGAAUGAACUGAGGUAUGGAGGCUUCUCCCUCGGAAGUGUGAGGCCUUUACCUCAGGACAUCGAUGUCAAAGAUUCAGUUACAAAAAUCAAAAAUGACUUCUCAGUUUCACAGAAUAGUGCAUUGAAUAAGUUCUUAAACAAACUGGUUGGGUUUCUGGAACGCCUCGAUGCACAAAAUAAUGUCAAGCUCUGGUUCAAUAACAAAGGCUGGCACGCUAUGGUGUCAUUUGUUAACGUGGUGAACAACGGCUUGCUCAGAGGCGGACUUCAACAUGGCCCUCGUAGACCAAGCAUCACGGCAUAUAAUCACCCGCUGAACCUCAGCAAGGAGCAGCUUAGCCAAAUUGCCCAGAGCUCAUCUUCAGUGGACAUCGUGAUUUCUGUCUGUGUGAUCUUUGCCAUGUCCUUUGUGCCAGCCAGCUUUGUGCUUUUCCUGAUUGAUGAAAGAGCUAGUAAAGCCACACAUCUGCAGUUUGUCAGCGGCGUCCAGCCAAUCCUCUACUGGGUGGCGAACUUCUGCUGGGACAUGCUGAACUACACCAUCCCAGCCAUUAUCGUGGUGCUCAUCUUCAUCAGUUUCCAGCAAGAAGCGUAUGUCUCAGCGACCAACCUGCCAGCUCUCAUCCUGCUCCUCCUCUUCUACGGGUGGUCCAUCACCCCCUUGAUGUAUCCAGCAUCCUUUGUGUUCACCGUUCCCAGCACGGCCUACAUUGUUUUGACCUCUGUCAACCUUUUCAUUGGAAUUAAUGGCAGCAUUGCAACAUUUGUUUUGGAAUUGUUUGCAGAUGAGUCUUUAAACGAGCUAAACAAGGUCCUGAAGAAAUUGUUACUCAUUUUCCCUCAUUACUGCUUGGGAAGAGGUCUCAUGGACCUGGCUAAGAACCAAGCCAUGGCUGAGGUCUCUCAGAGACUAGGCAUGAAUCAGAGCUCGGACCACCCUUUGCAGUGGGACUUUGUUGGGAAGAACCUCUUUGCUAUGGCAACAGAGGGGGUUGUCUUCUUCAUUUUCACCUUAAUGCUGCAGUACAAAUUCUUCAUUGGGCACAUGAGUUUUCGAAACACCCGUCUUUGUCUGUCAUGUGUCAGGCCAUGGUCGGUUGUGUCUGAUGUCCUUCCUCUUGGCCCUGAAGAUGAGGAUGUGGCCAGGGAACGAAAGCGGGUCAAAAGAGGCAAUGCUGAUUCCGACAUCCUCACCAUGAUUGACUUGACCAAAAUAUACAAAGCUGGAAAGAAACCAGCUGUCAGUCGGCUCUGCCUGGGGAUUCCUCGUGGCGAGUGUUUUGGCCUGCUCGGUGUGAAUGGCGCAGGGAAGACAACUACGUUUCGCAUGCUGACGGGAGAUACGUCGAUCAGCUUUGGAGAGGCUUUCCUCAACCACCACAGUGUCCUGAGAGAGCUGGACAGGGUUCACCAGCUGAUGGGAUACUGCCCGCAGUUUGACGCCAUCUGCAACCUAUUGACUGGCAUUGAACAUCUGGAGCUUUAUGCCCGUCUACGAGGGAUACCUGAGGAGUCUGUCACCGAGGUGGCUAAGUUGGGUGUGAAGAAAAUGGGACUGAGUCAGUAUGCCAAGCAAGAGGCUGGAAACUACAGCGGAGGCAACAAGAGGAAGCUCUCCACCGCGAUCGCCCUCAUUGGUGCUCCGCCUGUUUUAUUUCUGGAUGAGCCAACAACGGGCAUGGAUCCAAAGGCUAAAAGGUUCAUGUGGAACUGCAUUCUCUGCUUCACCAAAGAGGGAAGUGCUGUCGUUCUGACCUCCCACAGUAUGGAGGAAUGUGAGGCUCUCUGCACCAGAAUGGCCAUCAUGGUCAAUGGCCGUUUCAAGUGUCUUGGCUCUGUGCAGCACUUGAAGAACAGAUUUGGUGAUGGCUACACCAUCAUCCUGCGUCUGGCAGACAGUGAUUCCAAUCCAGACACAUGCCCUGUCAAAAACUAUAUCAAGAACACCUUUCCCAUGAUCGAGUUGAAGGAGCAGCACCAGAACGUGCAGCAGUACCAGCUUCCAGCACAUGCCUGCUGUCUGGUUCAAGUGUUUGACGUGCUGGCCAAAUAUGAGGAGCUGGGCAUCAGUGACUUCUCCGUGUCACAGACCACUUUGGACCAGGUCUUUGUCAACUUUGCUAAGGAGCAGACUGAUGAUGAUCAGCCCUCAAACGUGAACAUUGACAAUGGGACCGUACAGAGCAACCUGUCCACCCGACGAUUUCAGAUGUUUUCCUCAGGCGUCCCGCACAAGACACCAAUCUCGCAGCAAAGGACCUCCGCUUGUGACAAAAGAAGCAAGAGGGAAAUUAAAACCUCCAUAUCUCAGCCAAAGAAGAAAUGUAGAAAAAGCAUGCGCAGCAGCAGCUUCACUGGUAAUACCGUUGGCACUGAGGAAGAGGUGUGUCAAUCUACAAGGUCAAAACGGAGCAGCAAAGAUCAGAAUCAGAAUCAGAAUUCGUCUGUCUUUGUAGUUGGCACGAGCACAGACGACACAUCACUGUGACAAGGGAGUAAGGGCAAACUGCAAGCAUGCUACAGUAUUUAUGUUCACUUGGAACAUGGCUUCCAUCUGGUUAAGCUCUUCCCAGCAUGGAAAGGCCACCGACUAACAGUGUCAACAUAUCGUUGCGAUAGUGAAAAGGGACUCUUAAAAUGUUACGUUUGACAUGAUGCCUCCCAAAAUGGUUUCUGUGCCUUUUCCACAUGUUCUUUAUGUACCCUUGCACUCUUCACUCAGAUUUAAAAAGGGCUUUACAAGCCUCAUUCACACGCCAGUGGGAGGCUGCCGCCAUGUCCACUGGGAGCAAAUUAGGGUUCAGUGUCUUUUGCUCAAGGACACUUCAACAUGGGCACAAGGGUUGAGGAUUGACGCACAACCUUCGGGAUGGGAGACAAACAUUCGACCACUUGAGCCAUGGCGCCCAAUUAUAGUUACAUUUGCAUGACAGUUGAUAAUCAAAAGAGGUGUUCCUCUUUGCAAUCUCUUAUUUUGCACUUGAAAAGCAAAAAAAAAAAAAAAAAAAAAAGUGACUAGGCUGUUCGUCGCUAGAUCAUUUUGAAACCAUUUUCAUU